AUGAAAAGGGUUGCUAUGCAGGGGAAACUGAGAAAGCUAAUAAGAAAUGGUGAUGGGGUGUCAGAAAAUGAGGGGAAGAGUAAGAAAUUACAUGAAUUAUUUAUGAAAGAGGAGGUUAAAUCAAGAAAGUCAAUCUUAUUGAGUAUGGAGGAUCAUACUGUGUACAAAGAGCUUUCACCUGAUAUGGUGAUGUUUGUGACUCAUUUAUACGUGAAUUGUACUUUAAGAGAUUCAAACUUUUUGCCUAGGAAGAAGUCUGGCAUUACUUGCUUCAACAAUAGCUAUGCCCUUGAUUUUGUAAAGAAUGCAGUUGGGCAGUUUGGUAGAGAUUAUCAAAAGGUUAACAAAUGGUUGUUUGGUAGUAACUUGAAAAAAAUUGCCCUUUUGGGUUGCCCUUCUACUGCAAAGAAGAACAUUUUAUUUGCUAAGAGGUUGCAUACAAUGUUUUACGUGCUUUUACAUCAAGUAUGCAGAAAAUGUGCCUUAAAAGCAUCAUGCAAGUUUGUGAACCAGUAUGUCCGGAAAGGCGAUAUGACAAAUUUACACUUGGUUGUUGUAAUGGGGGUUAUUACUCUAGAUGCGCUAGAAUCAGUUGCUCCCCACUUAGUAAUACCAGAUGAAAUAAAGGCUUCUGUUAGUCGGUUGAUGAUUAACAUCUUUAGACUUAGUCAAACUAUGUCUUAA